UUUCCUAUCUAUAACUAUCCUCCAGCUUGUUCAACUCACUUCCAUUUUCUGCAAGCUCUCCUGUUCAAACCUAUACAAAAUAGGAACAAAUUUGAAGAGAAAAAAAUAAAAUAAAAUAAAAAUCUCUAAGCUUUUUUUUUUUCGAUACAAGACGAUAUGGUUUUUCCUAAUAAUCAGGAAUUACUUGUCGAUGAGUCGUCUUCUCAGUUGAGAAAAACAAGUGGAGGAACUGGCGGAGGAGGUAGAGGGAAGAUUGAAAUUAAAAGGAUCGAAAAUACGACAAAUCGACAAGUUACGUUCUGCAAACGUAGAAAUGGGCUAUUGAAAAAAGCUUAUGAACUUUCUGUUCUCUGUGAUGCUGAAGUUUCACUAAUUGUAUUUUCCAGCCGCGGCCGUCUCUAUGAAUAUGCCAAUAACAGUGUUAGGGCAACUAUUGAUAGGUACAAGAAACACCAUGCUGAUUCCACUAGUACUGGAUCUGUUUCUGAAGCUAACACUCAGUACUACCAGCAAGAAGCAUCCAAACUGCGACGACAAAUUCGAGAUAUACAGACUUAUAACAGGCAAAUAGUUGGAGAGGCAUUGGGCAGUUUAAGCCCUAGAGACCUCAAGAAUUUGGAAGGGAAACUUGAAAAGGCCAUUGGUAGAGUCCGUUCCAAAAAGAAUGAAUUGCUUUUCUCAGAAAUAGAGCUCAUGCAAAAGAGGGAGAUUGAGCUGCAGAAUGCCAACAUGUAUCUACGCGCAAAGAUAGCAGAGGUAGAGAGAGCACAAGAGCAAAUGAACUUGAUGCCUGGAGGCGGAGGCGGAGGAGGAGGAGGAUCUGAUCAUCAAUACCAUCAUCAGCCAAAUUAUGAAGAUGCUCGCAAUAACUUCCUGCCUGUAAAUCUCCUGGAACCAAAUCCUCAUUACUCUCGUCGCGACAAUGGUGACCAAACUCCUCUCCAGCUUGUGUAUGCCUCUCUUCCUUCUUAAUUAUAAUUUUGUAAUUUAUUAGUUAGACUCACACGAGUGAUAAAUUUUACUAAAAACUUAUUAAGGUUUUAAGUAUGGAAUGAGAUUUUAUACCAUGAAACAAAAACUUGUCAUGGAAGGGGAGGUGUGAACGUUUAGCUUCCGAUAAUAGGGAGUUGUUCAGAUGGUAAAUAUUCCUUAUUUUCAAUUUUAAUGUGUGAACACCCCUAAUUUCUAAUCUUUAAGGUUUGAGAGAUGAGUUAUCAAGAGAGCAAAACGGGUGAAAGCUCUCUAAGGAGGGGUAGUAAAAAAAGGAAUUUUUACCUUUUAGUACAAUUAGGAUGUGAAACUCAGCGAAAAAAUAAUAGUUGAAAUAUGUUUUUAUUUUUUGACUAUUUACUCUAAAACUUCAAUUAGUGGAGGCUUUGUUAUAUCAAAGCUGGGAUAAACUAAUCCCAUAAUAGCUUUGAUAGUCCAAAAAACCUGGAACUUCAUUUUAGGUUUAUAGAAUUGUUUUUGGUCUUCUUACCAAAACCAGGGUCAAAGCUACAACUUUGCCCACGGAUUUGGUAAAAUCUAAUAAUUUUGGCUCAAAUCAUAUAUUUGUGUUUAAAAGUUUACCUAAAAUGCAUUCAAUAAUUUGUUGAGAACCCAGUAGACAACAGAUUAUGCCUCAUUCAUGGUGCUACACUAAAAAGUAUUUUAUUUGAAGACGGUGAUUGCUUUUAACCUACCUCAAGCCAAAAAAAAAAAAUUAUU